GUGACUGAUGAUCACAGGGAUACAAUGUCUGAAGCUGAGGUUUUUUACUCUGAUGUCAAGUUCACAAGAGCGAGGGGAAACAAUGGGCCAGCUUCCUCCCCGGCUGAAACCACGUACUCCGAGAUCGGCAUCUCCAAGACGCAGCCACCCGCAAGGCUUCCUGGUUCCCAACAACAACAACCGGUGUCAAAUGGACGAUCAAAGGUCCCAUCGGAGAGACUGGCCUUGGGAGUGGUCAGUGUUCUCCUGGCGGCGGCUGUCAUCGCUCUUGGCCUGAUCUCACAUAAAAACAUGGAACUUUCCCAAAGGCUGACUGAGUUUGAUGCUCUGGCAGAAAGUCUCAAAGACGAGCCAUGUCAAAAAUGUGAAAAAGACUGGGAGCUUCACGGAGGAAAGUGCUAUUAUUUCUCCACAGACGCUUCCCCCUGGGAAGACAGCAGGAAACAAUGUAAAGCUCAACAUGGAGAUCUGGUUAAGAUAGACAGCAGAGAGGAGCAGACAUUCCUGGAGCUGAAACUGAGAGACAAAAUGACCAAAGAUGAGGACAAGUUCUGGAUCGGACUGACGGACUCACAGACAGAGGGCACGUGGCUGUGGGUCGACGGCUCGCCACUGAAUGAAAGUUUGACUUUUUGGCUCGCCGGAGACCCAGACAACCAUAAAGGAGAAGAUAAGGAUGGAGAGGACUGUGCGAGGAUGGGGGAGAAAGGCGGAGCUCGAGACCUGAACUGUUGGUUGGAUAAAUCAUGCAAAAAGCCUCACAAAAGAAUAUGUGAGAAACAAGCAACAGCUGGACAUUUAAAAUGUGUCUGAGAUGCAGUUCAGCUUAUCACUCAGCCCGUCAAACAUGCUCAGGACAGGAUGCAGAAAGUGG